GGAAAUAAUUAAAAGCAAACAGCAGGUUGAGUUAACACAUGUAAACAAUGGAUUUGUGUCUUAACUACAGUCUCCAAGAAACUGAAGUUUACUGAAAGUGUGUGGAAAACACUAUUAGUUACCCAGUCUGCCUGACAGGCAUAAGUAGCAGGUUUAUGGAAAAUGACGAGCUGCUAUCAGAUUGCUGGUGGAAUCCUCAUUGCAUUUGGCCUUUUAAGUAUUUUUUCAGGGGUCAUAGCAUUUUUUCCAGUUUUUAGUUACAAGCCUUUAUUUAUUGGCUGGAGUGUACGGAUUGCUUGUCCUAUCUGGAAUGGAGUGCUGGCUUUUUCUGUUGGCAUCCUUGCUGUUUUAUCAUAUCAGGAAUGGACACAAAGAUCACUGUGGGAAUCAACAUUCACCUUGGGUCUGUUAAGUAUCAUUGGAGCACCAGUUCAGUUUGCAGUGGCCAUUGCAUCGAUCCUCAUCGGCCCUUAUUGUUACUACACUUUUGCUGGGAUGUCCGCAACCAACUAUAUUGGCUACGCUAUUAAGUUUCCUUUCCCGUAUGCCACGUUCCAGAAUGUAUGCCAAGACCCACUUUACUACGAAUGGUACCACUUGGCUCUACAAAUUUCCGACCUGCUGUCAAGCAUUUUAAUCCUAUGCUCUUCAUUGGCAUUGGUAAUCAGGCUCUCCGCCAGGAUACUGCGCACAGGAACAUUUAAUGGAAGAAAAAAUAUUUUGUGAGAAGAAGAUUAUAUUGCAAGCAACUACUCAACUGUAAGCCUGCAACGGAUUGAUGUCCAUGGAAUUCAGUGGACCAUCAGCAAUGUAUUUUGCAUAAAUUUACAUUUCAAACCAUCAUAUCAUUGCUGCUGCACUUUUUCUUGAUCCAGUUUCCGAAUGUUCUAGCUUUUGAUCUGUUUAUAUUCUAACCAUAUUUUAUGUAUAUACUGUAUGAACUGUAUGUAUUGCACACAGGAAGCAAAUCUUGGCACUGGUUGGCCUAUGACACAGAGUCACAUCCAGAUUCCAGAGAGGGUUUAUCUAGGAGAACAAGCUACAUAGGCAGCGUUACCAAAAAUAUUUUACAAGUGUUCAUGUCUAUACGUGUUCUGUCUGUACAUCCUAUUUUGUGCAUAGGUCUAAAUAUACACAAGAAAGGAUAAAUAUAGCAUUGAUAAGCAACCAGUAAUUUUUUGCAUUUCAUUCUCAAACCCAAAUUGGGAAAGUAAAGAUAGUUGGUUAUCACUGGCACGAUCUCUUACUUUCUGACGCAUCGGUUUUCAUAAAUCAGCUGCAGAGAAUAUAACUGCCUCUUGUUACAAUUAGUUUACUUGCUGUAAACUGCUGUAUAUAGUAAACGAAUGAAAUAGCUUG